AUGAUCCAAUUGACAAGUCUCUUAAUGAGAGGAUCAAGGCUGGAGCCAGGACUUAAAAAGAACCCACCCGCUGCAAAAGAUUCAUCAACAGAUGGCCUUCCUAAUCCAGUCCCAACACCUAAAGGCAAGGACGCAGCUUAAAAAUAAGAAAACUUUAAGCCACAGUUCGCUAGAAAAGAGUCAGUAGCUGGCAAGAAAGGAGGUAAAGAUGAUGAUUCUGAUGAUCCAAUCGCUAAAUCUCUAGCUCUUAGAAUCAAGGCUGGUGGAAUCUCAGAAGUUAUUUCAUAAGCUGAAGCCAAGAAGCUAGGUUUAAUCAAAACUACAGUCACUGCUCCAGCCGAUAAAAACGGAACUAAGCCAACUUCCAAUGCUACCACUGAUAAGAAAGCACCAGGCACUACAGCUCCAGCAAAUGGCACCACUGAGGAAAAGAAAUAAGGUACAGCUGUUAAAGAUAAUAAAAUUAGCAAGCCAGCUCCAGCAAUCCAAAAGGGCACUGGAUUCGGAGGUGAUAAAAAGAAAGGUGCUGCUGAUGAGGCAGACCCCAUUGAGGAAAGUUUGAAAUUAAGAAUAAAGGCUGGCGGCUUAACAGAAGUAGUUCCACUUGAUAAGAAAGCAGCUGCUGCUUAAGCUACUAAGAAGGAUGCUCCUAAGACAGCAGAAAAGAAGGAGGAAAAGAAGGAAGCACCCAAGACCACCGCUCCUGCUACCCAAACUAAAGUUUAAUCUCCAACCACAAAUACAACUGCAACCACUGAUAAGACAAAGAAUAGUGUAGAUGAUGCAAAGAGAAGACAGUCAGUUGGAACUGCAUCAACAUUAACUAAUGUCCCUAAGGUGAUGAAGGGAAAGAAGAAGAAUGAAGACUCUGAGAAGAAGGAUGAUGAAAAUGAAGCUACUGUUUCAACUCAUCAAAACGCUUAAGGUGAAGACUAAAUAAAUUCUCAAGCAGAUGAUGAUACUAAAUAGUCACUUAAUGGAGAGGCUACAGGUGAUGUUGAAAAUAAUCAUACUGAAAACAAUGCAGAAGAAGAAGUUGAAGCAUAAGAAGAGGAGUAACCUAAGGAAGAGCAAUAAGAAUAAGAGGAAGAUCCCUAUGAAAGAUAAGAACAAGUAGAUGAAUAGGUACAAGAAUAAGAAGAAGAACAACAAGUAGCAGAGCAACAAGAAGCAGAGUAGAAUGGUCACAACUAGGCAGAGGAAGUUGAUCUAGAACAAGUCCUAAGCCAUGUUUUGGAGCUAUAGUCUCUCCUUGAUCAAACUAAGCCAUCUAAUGUUGGACUUGAGGAUUUGAAACUUAAAGGUGCUGAGAUAGUUAAAAGCCUCAGAGAUUAACUUCUCGCCGCAGUCUAGGAUAGCGAGACUCAAGCUAAGGCUUCUGGUGCCGAUGGUGAGAAGCAAGUUGACCCAUCAGCAUUCCAGACCUCAAAGAAUACAAACACCUGUUGCAUCGAAUUCCUCUAGGAGAACGAUGUCGAGACUGCCUCUUGGAUUGAUGAAGCCGAUGGCCAUGAUAAAUUAAAGAAGAUUCUUAAAGUUUUCUUCUCACUCAUCUCCACCUACAACAGUGAAUCGUGGUGCUCAUUCCCUACCAUUUUAAAUGAUGAUCUCUUCUAUGCAGGAGCAAAGCAAGCUCUUUUAACUGAUGCUGUUACUUUGAGUCCAUUCUUCACAAACUGCCUCAAAAAUCUAGACUUAAGUAAUGAGAACUUGCUUAAGGUGUCUCUCUUACUAAGUCACUUCGAUGAUCUUAAGGAAGACCUAGACCCAGCUCAAAGUGUAGACGAUGAGAAUCAAGCUGAACUCAACAUGACCUUCUUCUUAUAUGUGAUCAAGGAUAUUCUUGAGUACUUCGGUAUGUAUCCCACCACCUCAGCAGGCAGAUAAUAACAACAUGCUCUUACAAGAGCCAAAUUAUUUAAGACUAAAUCUGAUUACCUCACAAGAGUACUAGCUCAAUUAGAAUGA